AUGCACCAAGACCUUGGUAAAGUAACUAAGAAGGAAGACGAACUAGAAGAAGAUAAAAGCGAAGAGGCCGUAGAGAAAGAAGAACCUUAUGUUCCUCCACCACCAUAUAAACCUAUAAUCCCUUAUCCUCAAAGACUCGUUAAAUCUAAAAGUGUAGGGCAAUUUCAAAAAUUUGUCGAGCUUCCAAAACAAUUGAAUAUCACAAUACCCUUCACGGAAGAUAUCACUCAAAUGCCCUCAUAUGCUAAGUUUCUUAAGGAAAUCUUAUCAAACAAGAAGAAGAUAGAGGAUAACGAAACCCUUACACCUACUGUUGAGUGUAGCACCUUAAUACAAAAUAACAUGCCUCCUAAACUGAAAGACCCAGGGAGUUUCUCCAUACCCUAUGUAAUCGGAAAGUUUGUCAUAGACAAAGCACUAUGCGACUUAGGAGCCAACAUUAGCUUAAUGCCCUUAUCCAUAUGUGAAAGGCUUAAAAUGGGAGAACUAAGACCUACUAGGAUGUCCGUACAACUUACGGAUCAUUCUGAUAAAUUUCCUGUAGGUAUGUUAGAAAAUGUUUCGAUUCGUAUAUGUCAAUUCUAUAUUCCUACUAAUUUCAUAAGCAUGGAUAUAAAAGAGGAUUCCAACAUCCCUAUCAUAUUAGGAAGACCAUUCCUAGCCACUAUCGGAGCUAUUAUAGAUGUUAAGAAAGUCAAGCUAACCUUUGAUGUUGGUGAGGAAAAAGUCGAAUUUAUUUUGAUGCAAUUCUUAAAGUCACCAGCUAUAGACUAUACAUGUUAUCUAUUGUAUGUCAUCGACGAGUAUAUAAGAGAAAUGGAUAAUGAACAAACAUCAUACUCCGAAAUACUGAAAAUUCCAAGGCCUCAUACUUUUGAAGAUGAAAAUUGGAAUCAGGAAUACCCAGAUGACAAUCUAAGCGAAUGCCUAGCACUAACGCCCAAUCAUAUGCCUUGCCCAAAGAAACCAGCCCUAGAACUUAAAACUCUACACAAAAAUCUAAGGUACGAAUUCCUAGACACUGAACUCGAGCGACCUGUAAUAGUCAAUGCAUACUUAGGGAAGAUAGAGACUGAAAAUCUUCUACACGUUUUAAGAAAAUAUCCAACUGCUUUAGGCUAA